GUGUGUGUGCGCGGGUGUCGUGUGAUGAAGGCAGACGUGCAGUCGAGGUGCAGUACAAGGGUAGCGACACAUUUAAGGAAUGUCCCGAAGGUACCUCAAUCGAUGUCGAAUCCUCUGCGUUCCAAAGGGGUGGUAAGAUCAAGUGCCCCAAGUACGAUGAGGUGUGCACCAUCACACCGGAUGGCAGAAGCAGAUUGUCCAUNGGACACAUCUCUGCAGAAAGAUCAGGAAAAUAAAGAAGCCACUGCUGACCACGCACCGGCAUCAACUUCCUCCACUACUAAUUCCAUGAAUGGUUCACGCAGAAGAAGGGAUAUUGGCGCUGCUGAUAAUGCUUCCACACCGACCAAAGAAACUCAAGCUGCUGCCGCUGCAGGUACGACCUCACCAAGUGGAGAAGAGAAUGCAAACACCAAUGCGCUGUCACAAUAUCCAGGGGUUGUGAAUCAAGCUCAAAUUAACAAUAUGCAGAAC